AUGACUUAAUAAGUACUUUAACAAAAGAUUAUAGAUAUCGAAUUGUAAAUAGGCAUCUGCGAAAUCCUAAAUUUUGGAAUUGAUUAAAUUGAUAAAAUAAGAAAGUUAAGAAAACUAGGCAGAAAGGAAGUAACUUAACGAUUAGGUCAUUAAAUUGCAAGACAAUAAGUUAUAGGAAGAAGAACCGUAACUAAUAUUUUAAAAUGAAAUUUGUUAACAAAAAAUUUCUUAAUUAUAAGAUCAAGUAGUUGGGCAAUAGGAAUUUGAAAUUAAAUAUAGAAAACUUAUAAAUGAUAUAUAGUUUACUUAGAUUAUGAAAAUAAAUUGGAAACCUAGUCUAAUGUAUUUAAAAAUGAAAUAAAUACUUUAAAGAUUUAAAAGCAAGAGUAACUAAUCCAUGCAUAAGAAGUAGAAAUAUAAAAUUCAAAAAAUUAAAGAAAGGAUUUAAAUGCAAAAAAUAUUUGAAUAGACUUAACAACUAUUAAAAUUAGAGGCAUUAUCUAAAAUAUUUACAGAAUAACGUAAAGAAUAAAUUAAUGAUUUACAAAAUUAAUUUAAUAAUCGGCCCAGUAGACAGGAUGAUUUGGAUAUUACCAAAUAACUUGAAAAAGAAAAUGAGGAUUUACAGGAAUAAAUAUGA